AGGUUCCCUCUCUGAGCUUCCAGUGCUCACCUAUAAAACGGGGGUCAUAACUGUGUUUUCCACAUGGAGUUUUGGGGAGGAUUAAAUCAGAUCGUGAAGGUAAUCGUGCAGCACGGCAUCCAGCUCGGAGGAAGGGGCUGUUAUUAUUAUUUGGAGCGGCUCUGGGGUGUAGGGAGAGAGCAGGCCCCUGGCCUUGCAGUGCGGGAGGAUGGGGGCGCAGGCAUUCGCCUAUGUGGAGCCUUAUUGAAUGGAUAGGGAAACUGAGGCCCAGGGAGGGGAAGGGCCUUUCCAGAGGUCACAGAGCACAGUGGAGGCAGAGCAGGGCCCAGCGACAAGGGCGAUGACGUCCUUCCAGGUCUCCGUGGGAGAUUAAAGUCAGUUGGGGAUCAUGGGUAGGGAGUGGGCCCUUUAAAUCCUAAGCUCCACCUUUGCUUGGAAGGGUCUUUGGGGAGUAUAAAAGGGGGGCUGCAGCUCCUCUCUGCUCCAGAAAAGCGUCUGCUGCUCCUGCCUGCUGGUCCCCAGCCUCUCUCCAGCCACCCAGCACCAACCCCACCUGGGUGCCAUGCAGCUGCCACCCUUCGACAUGUGGAAGGACUAUUUCAACCUGAGCCAAGUGGUGUUGGCACUGAUCCAGAGUCGGGGGCAAAGGCCAGAGGCCCAAGGGACUGGGGAGUCAAGACCGGAGCCCCCGCUGGGGCAGGAUCAGGGGCUGGGAGGGCCGGGGGCCGGCAGGGGCCUGGCCACCCUGUGCAACUUCUGCAAGCACAACGGGGAGUCACGCCACGUCUACUCCUCACACCAGCUGAAGACCCCGGAGGGCGUGGUGGUGUGUCCCAUCCUCCGGCACUACGUGUGUCCGCUGUGCGGGGCCACCGGCGGCCAGGCCCACACGCUCAAGUACUGCCCGCUCAACGGUGGCCAGCAGUCGCUCUACCGUCGCACUGGGCGCAAUUCGGCCGGCCGCAAGGUCAAGCGCUGAGGACCGUGGGGUGCCCACCCCCCAUUCCUCCAACCCCCCUGGUUCGGUCCCCACCAAGUCCCUGCACCCACCCCCCCCCGGACUCACUCAGCACUUUGGAACCUCUGUUCGCCAGAACUCUGUCCCCGCUGGAUCCGGAAACAAUCGAGGCUGCUGGGGACCCAGGCCAGCACUGCCCCCUGGGAUCUCUCAGCCCUUGGGGCUCCGUCCUGGGGGUGUCUGUGGAUUCUCGGAGCAGCAGGACCCUGCCGCUUGCAUGGCACAGCCCCGUGGCUCCUUCUGGGCCACAGCCUGGAUCUUCAGUCCUUUGGGGGGCCUGCUGGUGAGCCAGCCCUGCCCGCUCUGACUUCUCAGCCCCCGGAUUCCAUUCCACAUGGUAUUCUUGGAUCCUUGGACCUCGGGGACCCCACGGUGCUCUCCCAGGCCAGCCCUCAGAAUUUGGAGAGAGUGUACCAGGCUGGCAUGGACCCACCAGCCCAAGACCUUCACGAUGGGAUUCAGCCUCCAGACCCGCCUGUCCACCUUCUUCAGCCACCUGUAGACCCCUGGUGUCAUCGUGGAACCGGCUGGAUCGGCUAGACAGUUGCUCCCUGCUCUCAGCAGCCCACCCCUCAGGAGCUGGGGGAGGGCGGGGGCGCAGGGCAGGGGCACCAGGUCUGCACAGGCUUCUCCGGGGGUGGGGUAACCGACACCCUUCCACUCCCCCUGGUUGUUAUCCCGUUUCCCGGCGCUCCUGCCCCCCAACCGCAAAUCACUCCCCCAGCGAGAGGGCUGGGCGUCUCUCGCCACCUCCCACCCACCCCCCAAAUCACCAUCGUUUGCUAAAGGGGCGUUUUAUUUCUCCCGGGUUUUUUUUUUUUUUCGUUCUCCAACGGGUUUAGUGCCCGGAUGGAAAGAAUGGCACCUGCCUGGAUUUUAUUUUAAGGGGCCAAGAAGAGCCCCGGUCAGAUUUUAAGUUGUUCGGUUUUUGGCUCAGGGCUGGGGGCCCGGGGGCUGAGCUCUGGGGAAUAAAGAGCGUUUCUGGUUGUCUUUGAAACCGCCCUGUCUGUUUCUG